AUGACCACAGGAACAAGCAAUACUGGAAAAGAGCUGUGCACAUCAUUUGGGAACAGCUGGUUCAUGGCAUGCCAAUCUAUUUAUCCUGCAAUAUUUACAACAUUCCAGACCCAUAUCAGAGAUGCAAAGGAUGCCAAUGUCAUGGACCAUCCAUGGUACCAGAUUGGAAGGCCCAUUGAUAAGGGUAAAGGGCAUGCAGUUCCAUUAGACCCACUUCCGACACAUGACAAUGCUGCUGCUGCCACUGAGACUUUGGAAGAACCCCAUGGCCAAUCAACCAGUCAGGCUGCUCCUACUGGCACUCAUCCUAGAAGUCGAAGGCCACAGAAGCAUACAAGCCCUUCACCAGGGCCAUCAGCUGCAAUAUCCUCAGAACCCACCACUCCUGUGCAGCAGACCUGGAAGUGGCAGGCAUCCACUAGAAGUAUGACACCUGCCACUGGCAAGACAACCACCUCAGCCACCCCAAGCUCCCACAGGCAAAUUUUCAAUGGAGUGGUCAUCAUCACUCCAUCCUGGUGGCAGUCAGGUCAGCAGACAUCAAGCCCAGCAUCCCAGGGUGCAGCAACAUCCCAAAGCCAUCUCACUACCCCAUCCCACCCAGUGACCCCCAAUGCCACCCCAAUGGAGCAUAUGGAAGAGGAGAUUGCAGCAUUGUGGCAGCAGCAUAUGGAGACAGCACAUGAUCUGCUAGAUACCUGCCACAAGCUUGCCAAUACCCAGCAGGCCCUUGCAGAUACCCAGACCAAGUUUCAGAUGCUUUGUGAUGUUGCCAAGGCCUUACACCAGUGUCUGUACCCAUUGCCACACUCCUCACCCAAUGCACCUGGACCCUCCCACCCCUCCCCCAUUGGCUUUGCAAUUACAAGUCAUCAAGCAGUCAUUCCCACUGAUGGUGCAAGGAUACUUGACCUUGCACCCACUAUGAUGGUCCAGGAGGUUGCGAUUGAUACCAGCAUCCUCCAGAACCUCCCAGGUGAUAUGCUUUUAGCCCCUUCUACUCUCCUGCUGCCCCCCCACCAUUUUGCAUACUCAUCCACCCCUGGUGUAGGAGAAGCCUGGCCCCCUAUCUAUGUCUCUUUGGGGGCAGUUGCUGACCAUGCCAGUGGGGACAAUGCUGAUGAUGAGGAUGCCACUAAUUGGAUAGAUGUAGAUUAA